UAAUCAGUUGUAUGUCCCAAUCUGUGUAAAUGAUUUCCAACGCAAGAUAUGGCCCGGUUACAAGGUGCAUAGACAAAUUAUGACUAACUACUAAUAAAACAACCUACCAAUACCGCCAGUUAUCAUAAUACCACGUGUAUGAAAAUAAAUUGCAGGUAGAGCACGUCAUUAAUUGAAGCAGGCUAGUCAUGAAAUCAGAUUUGUAGAACAAGUAAACAAAGAAUUACGGUAAUGCUCUGCGCAAUUUGAUGACGUUUAUUUUGUGCGCAGGUUAAAGCAGUACUGUUGAAUCCAACGUUUGUGUAUUGUUUAUCUGCAGAAUAUCAACCGCCCGGUUGCAUUGUCGAUUAUUCCAUAUGUUGUGAGACCAGACCAUUAAACGGCGCACCUUCCGUUCAAUGUCACACAUUCCCUUCAAUGCACCAAUGAUUCUGGAAAAGAGCUAGAAGCUGUUUAGAGUCAGAUACCCGCACUGGUAGUAACAAUAAGUUUCUCAAUCAUCGAAUCAUCGAAGCUUUUCGUUUUGGUGCCAUAUUCGUUUUUUUGAGUGUGUAGACAACUACUAUAUAAAUCUGCAUCAGUGGUGUCGACGUCUGAUAGUUUGCAAGUUUAUCUUAAACGGCGAUAUCACAAGUCUGCAGUUAUGGCUGCGAAUCCACCUGGACAAGGAUUCCAGAACAAGAACAGAGCUGCUAUUUUAGCAGAUCUUGAAAAAGAAAAGAGACGAUUGAUACAAAGCCAAUCCAUGAACAGCCCAGGAGCAAGCAUCCCUCUGGCAAGGCCAUCAGUAAAUAACGUAGUCCGAGACCAUGCAGAGCAACAGCAUAUCGCUGCCCAGCAGAAAGCAGCUUUGCAGCAUGCCCAUACUCACUCCUCUGGCUUCUUCAUCACUCAAGACUCUUCCUUUGGAAACCUCAUACUUCCUGUUCUGCCACGGCUGGAUCCAGAGUAAAGGGAGUUCUAUGGACAAGCCCACAUUCUGUACAUGGACUGAGUUGAGUUGUAAAACUGAUCUCUUGGCUCAGGAUUUUUCAGCUUCAGACUAAAUAAGGGUCAUAAAACUAUUUUGGUUAAUUGUGUGUUGACAUUCAAUUUCCAAUUUUUGUAUUCUAAAGUUUUAAAUAAAUUGUGUAUAAGUA